AUGGGAGACUUGCAAUCAGUGCGAGGCCAUCUGCCGGGCCUGCUCAACGCCACGCUGGACCAGCUGCUUGAGGGCCUGGAGAAGAAUCGCUUUACCAGCGUUCAGCUGACCAAGGCCUAUCUCGCACGCAUCGAUCAAGUCAACGAGACGGUCCACGCCGUCGUCGAAACCAACCCCGAUGCACUCGCCAUUGCGAAAGCUCUCGACGAUGAGAGAGCAUCAGGCUCAGUCCGAGGCCCUCUUCAUGGAAUACCCAUCCUGGUGAAGAACAACAUUGCCACCAAAGACAAGAUGGGCACGACUGCCGGUUCACACCUCCUCAUCGGCGCCACAGUCCCUCGCGACGCCUUUGUCGUCCAGAAACUCCGCCACGCCGGCGCAAUCAUCCUCGGCAAGGCCAACAUGUCGCAAUGGGCAAACUUCCGCGCCCGCGACUUCAACAUCAACGGCUGGUCCGCCAACGGGGGCCAGACGCACGCCGCCUACCACCCCAACCAGGAUGCCUCGGGCAGUUCCAGCGGCAGCGGCGUGGCGGCCGACUUGGGCCUUGCGUGGGCGGCGCUGGGCACCGAGACGGAUGGAUCCAUCAUUUGUCCAGCUCAGCGCAGCAGCGUUGUGGGAGUGAAGCCGACGGUGGGAUUGACGUCGAGGGAUCUGGUCAUUCCUGUUUCGGAGCAUCAGGAUACGGUUGGGCCGAUGGCAAGGACGGUUAAGGACGCGGCGUAUUUGCUGCAGGUCAUUGUUGGGGAGGACCAUCGUGACAAGUACACGGCUGAGAUCCCACGCAUUCCAGACUACGUCGCUGCGUGCAGGGACACUCUCAAGGGGGCUCGCAUUGGCAUUCCCUGGAAGGCCAUCCAGGAGGGCCUGGAGAAGAAGCCGCACUACGCCUCUGAAGUAGAAGGCUUUAAGCAGGCUCUUUCCAUUCUCGAGGCAGCUGGUGCGGUCCUCGUCGAGGCUGAUUACGCCUCAGCUACAAAGGAUAUCCGGGAUCUCGAAAUGCCCCUCAUGGGAGCCGAUUUCCGCGUCAACCUGGCAUCAUACCUCUCUCAGCUUGUCACAAACCCAAACAACAUCCACACCCUCGAGGAUGUGCGCGAGCAAACGCAGAGGCAUCCCCUGGAAUCAUACCCCGAGCGAGACACGGGCAUCUGGGACAGAAUCCUAGACGAGCAAAAGUGGGACAACACCUCUCCAGAGUUCAAGGAGAAAUACGACCGUAUGCAGCAACUCGGCGGGCCGGGCGGUCUACCGGCCUUGCUGGACCAGCACAGUCUCGUCGCCGUGGCCAUGCCGUCCAUCAUGGCGCCGAUGUGGGCCGCCGUGGUUGGAUGCCCGGGGAUCACGGUGCCGAUGGGCCAUCUAAAGGAGACGGAGCCGGUGCACGAGGCGAACGGGCUGGUGGAGACGGGUCCGGGGGUUCCGUACGGGAUGAGCUUUCUGGGGAGGAGGUGGGCCGAGGAGGAUCUGCUGGGAUUGGCGUAUGGUUUUGAGCAGAGGACGAGGGUGAGGGAGAGCGAGGUGAAGAGGGUGGUGGUGCCGAGUGCUGAGAUUGAGGCGUGA